GCCGUUGUCGUGAACCUUCGCAAUCGAUCGAUUUAACAGUGUGUUUCUUUUUUUUAAAGGGAAUUAAUUCAUUCUUUUCAAAAAAUCUUCCCACAAUUUGUUGCAUCAACAUUAUUCUGUUGCCGCUAACGAAAUUACGGGUGACUAAACAUUGUGAAUUUCGUACAGACCACAGAGAAGAGUAUUCUUCGAUGAUCAUGGGAGGGGGUGUCUAAGGGAUGCCUUUGAUGCUAGAUCGAUUCUGCAAUAUAAACUGCUGCAAGUACACAAACGACGAACUUUUGUGAUAGAAAACGUUUUAUUUAAUUCUUUUUUAUUUUAUUUAAUUUAUUUUUUUACUUUUAUACUGUGAGAGUGUGUGGUGAACAGAAUUCCAAAUUUAAUUUCGGUAUCGAUUCGGUUCAACGACGAAGCAUAGAAAACGAGCGUUACUCUUGGUGGCGUUUAGACAGUGGUUUUUGGCCAUUGUAGACUUCAUUAACAAAACGAAUAACCAAAACCGAAGAGGAUCGAUUCAAUUCUAUAUUCUUCUCUGAUAAAAUACCAACUGACAUAGAAGUGGGAGAAACAAGAAAAAGUUUAUUUAAAAAAGUUUUGUUUUUCUAUUACAAAAACACAGCUUAAUUAAAUACAAAUAACAAAUAGUUUUAUUGUUUGUGUUAUUUUUCUACAUUUUACUUUUUAUUUUUACUGUCGAUUUAAAUUUAGACAUAUCAAUCGAAAGGUAUUUUUUUAUCGUCGAUUUAGAUCAAGUCUUGAGUGAUUACAGAAAUUCGGUGCGGUUAACACGUUCGGGUCGGUGAUCAGACUCCUCGUAAUUUUAAUUUUUUUCAAAACAGACCUGACUAAGGAAGUUAUAUAAAAAUAAAGCAGAAACUAAAUUCUGUCCAGUGUCUCCUCGUGCCGGAUUGAAACACAAAAUCUUACAAAAAAAUGGGUGAACAAGAGUACGACAAAGAACAACUCCGAAUUUUAAGAAACGCCUUCAAAGCAUUUGAUCAGGAGAAUGAAGGAUUCAUUGAAACAUCAAAUGUCCAAACCAUCCUGGAAAUGUUGGGGCAAAAGUUGGAGGAUAAAGUCAUUAAGAAUCUCAUAAUGGAGCAGGACAAAGCUAAGACCGGAAAAUUAAACUUCAGCCAAUUCUGUGCACUGGCGGCUCGAUUCGUAGAAGUUGAAGAAGAUGCCGAAGCAGUGGCACGAGAACUCAAAGAAGCCUUCAGAGUCUACGAUAAAGAAGGCAAAGGUUAUCUGACUGUUAAAGUACUUCGUGACAUUCUGCAUGAAUUGGAUGACAAACUAUCGAACAAUGAAUUGGACAUGAUUAUUGAAGAAAUUGAUGCUGAUGGUUCAGGCACUGUGGAUUUUGAUGAAUUCAUGACUGUCAUGCAAGGCUAAGCAAACUUAACAAAAGUAGUACAAAGAGACUAAAUAAGGGCCAUCGUAAGAGAAGGAUAUUUAUUAAAAAAAAAUUAAUGUUGUUUCGAAACCACAAUUUCUUACAUAUUGAUGAUGAUAAACAAUAAUGAAACGAUAACACAUCAUUUCAUUGAUAUUUUAAAAAUGCAAUUGUAUUAAGAUAAAAUAAAAAUUUAAACAAAACAAAA